UGGGUUUCGCUGGUGGAAUACAAUCAACAUAUUCUACAAUGGAAUUGAAACCUCAUCUAAGAAAAUACUAUGCUAAGUCAUUAGCUAAACUACAAAUUGAAUUUGUAACGUCCAUGCCACCGAAGGUUAAGGAUUUAAUAUGUCUGCUGAAAUAUUGGAAAUAUACCGAAGAAGUUGAGUUAACAUCUUAUUGCAUUGAACUACUUGUUAUUCAUAUCUGGAGAGAAAAUGGCAAGCCAAAUAUCUUCACAAUGAAGCAACUAAUGAUUAAAGUCGUUACAUUACUUGUAACUUUUGGAGAAUCGACAAUUUCCUUCAGCGAUCAUUAUACUCCUUUAGAUUACAUACAUGAACUUGGGAGGACUCCCCCAUAUGUUUUGGACCCAUCUAAUCCAUACCAUGACGUAGCAUCUGAUCCGAAUAUGUCUACAGAUUGUUCCCGUAUAAAAUCAAAAGGUAAACAACUGCAGCGAAAACUUGAAGGAUUGUCUGAAUUUUCAGAAUUAUCAGAAGAAAGUGGUUGCGUGGUAUCAUAAAAAAAACUUUUUUGGAACUAUUCAUCACCUAAUGAUCAUAUGAUCAUGUCUGUUACUUUAAAAAAAAUUAGUGUUUAUCAAAAUUCUGUCAUGUUAUUGUUAUGCCCGUUUGUAUGGGCAUUAUGUUUUCUGGUCUGUGCGUUCGUUCGUCCGUUUGUCCGUUCGUUUGUCCCGCUCCAUGUUAGAGUU